AUGACCUUACCCCUCAUUUCGUGGCGUUGCUGGCAUCGCGACAUUUCAAAUCUGUUUCAUCGCUUCUCAUCAAACUUCCAAACACGAAAUCUCAUUUUGACAUUCAACCUUAGUAACCUAGCGCAACCACGACCUCCUGCUUCAAACUUCAGUCAAAAGGUCUCGGAAUGCGAGUCCAUCAUCGCAUACGAGUUUACUUCCAAGACACUCUGCGCAGAAGCGUUGAACAAAGCUGCAGACUGGAACUGUCAAAUUGUCAUCAACGGUUCUGCCAAAUGGAUGCCCAAGAACGACCGUCUCGCCGUUUAUGGCGAUUCAGCGGUCGCAUUUUACUUGUGCAACCUUUGGAUCAAGCGAGGACUCUCAAACCAUUGCUGGACUACGAUCCGUGGCGAUCUAAUUAGUAACAGCAACCUCACUGAAAUUCGCCAGGAGCGUGGUCUUGAUAAGUGCAUCAACAUGAAUGGAGGAUCUCGUUCCCCCAGUCCAUCAAUGGUUGCCACUGCAGUCGAGGCCAUUCUUGGGGCCGUGUAGAUUGACGGUGGUCACGAAGCUCUCGCUCGAGUCAUGAAUGGUCUUGGUCUCACGCAGCAUGCUCUCCUUGCAUCGGUAGUGUUCAACUUCUCCCCUUUGCAUAUGAUUAAAUAGAUUGCAUAUAACUCACUUGGUCUCUAUAGGUGCCUCCGCAGGUGCCAUGAGGGUGUCGCUGUAAUCUCAGCGCAUGAUUCUCGGGGUUUGCCACAAUAGCUUCCCAAGAAAGGCCAAGAGCGGUUCUCUUUUUACUUGAACUAGCAUUUGAACUCGCUCUUUGACACUCUCGAGCCGCCAUUUGGGCAAGCUCCCAGAAUCUUGGGCUUAGGGAAUAGAGCGGGGAUCCUAUGGCACUUGCGGAGUCAAGACGGCUUGCCCUCGACAAACUCAACUUGUAUCUGCUUUGCCGAAGAGCAGGUUUGGGGGUGUGUGGGCUUUCUAUUAAAUUGAAUCGACGCGAACGUGACCUAAAACAACUGUAAGAUUGCAUGUUAGGGUUCUGACUCAUGAACUCCAGGACUAAACCCGAUCGCUUCCUGAAAUGGCCAUGACACGGUGGUUAUCCCAUGUUUGGGAUUGUGAGAAACAAGGCAGGUUCUGGUGCAAGGAGAGGAGGUGAAGGUGAAAGAAGAAACAGGGAGGUAUGAAGAG